AUGUAUAUUCGUAACGCUCUCAUCUCUGGUCUUGCGGCUGCCAGCACAGUCCAGGCCUACUCCAAUUACACCAUCCGAGAAGAGGAGUGGAUCGUAGCACCGCCAGCACCGGUACAGGAGAAGCGCACCAUAGGAAGGAUCCUUGGUCUGUUCGGCGGCCUCUUCGGUGGUAACAAGGAGCCUGCGCAGGAAUGUCCUGCCAUCUGGACUCAAAUCUCUUCUACCCUCACUCAGCAAUUCCUCGGAGACGGGCAGUGCACAGAUGCUGCCCGUGCUGCUAUCCGAUCUUCUUUCCACGACUGCUUCAACGGAGCUUGUGAUGGAUCUCUCAUUCUCGCACAAGAGUGCUCCAAUACUGAGAACCGUGGUCUAGAGCGCCUUUGCGGCAACCUCGCCAAUGUUGCCUCACAAACCAAAGUCGGUGUUGCCGAUCUUAUCCAGUUUGCUGCCGCACACGCAGUCAAAACAUGCCCUGGUGGGCCUACGAUUCCCGUCAAAGUUGGUCGCAAGGACUCCAGUGAGGCAAACGCGCUCGGCGUUCUACCCAGCGGCUUCGCUAAAGGAGGAGAUUUGGUCAAGCUCUUCGCAUCAAAAGGCUUCUCCCCUUAUGACCUUGCUGCCCUCAUCGGUGCUCACACUGCUGCCAAACAACGUGUCACAGACCCUUCCAAAGCCGGUGCCGCGCUCGACUCUACUGUCGGUACCUGGGAUAACAAAUACUACUCCGAGACCAAACGUGGCUCGGCUCCCUUCACGCUCGAGUCUGACAAGAACAUUGCACAGAACCCUCUCACCGCCAUCCCCUUCUCCGCCUUUGCCGCCAGCAAGGGCAUGUGGGAUUCGGCCUUCGUAGGUGCAAUGGUCAAGAUGAGCAUGCUCGGUGUUGAGGACACGAACUUGAUCGACUGCACCAGUGCACUACCUGGUGGCAGCAAGAAGAGGGAUGUCAAGAGCAGCAACCUCUUCGACCGCCUCAAAUGGUAG